GUGAAAGCGACUCUUUGCAAAAUUCAAAGAGGGGGGAGUCCUGUAACCGAAACAGGUAGCGCAGCAUUCAACUGUGGAGAAAUAACAACAGUGUCGGAUAAUUCAGACGGAGACUCAGUGUUAUUUCCGCCCGGUUCGUACUGAGGUCCGUUUUAACGUGGCAGUAUGAGUUCAAAGGGGGGCGGUACAGCCCUGACCCGACGAAAUUAUCGCCUGGCAUCAGAUACAGACAAACCCAAAGCCACAGGUAUUGUGAAUGAGAAGUUAUUGAGUGACUACCUGCACCAAGUCUUUCCUGCUUCCAGUAAACAGGCUCCAGCAUCGGCGACCUACAGAAAACCCUUGACAUUCCAGGAUCUCGGCGCUCACCUGGAGAAGCUGCUGUCCGAGGAUGAGCCUGCUGAGGACAGCCCAGAUCACGCAGACGGGCGACUCGGACCCUCUACCGUUGUCCUGGACCACACCAGUGGAUUUGAAGGCCUCUUAUUUGUAGAUGAUGAUCUUUUAGGAGUCAUUGGCCAUAGCAAUUUCAGUUCAAUAAGGGCUGCAACCUGUGUAUUCAAAGGGAAAUGGAUGUACGAGGUGCUGAUCUCGUCGCAAGGUUUGAUGCAGAUAGGAUGGUGCACGCUGAACUGCAGAUUCAACCAGGAGGAGGGAGUUGGAGACACUCCGGACUCGUAUGCGUACGAUGGUAAUCGGGUCAGAAAGUGGAAUGUGACAACCACCAACUAUGGCAAAUCAUGGGCUGCAGGGGACAUUGUUAGCUGCAUGAUAGACCUCGACGAAGGAACAAUUACUUUUUGUUUGAAUGGACAGUCCCUCGGUACGGCUUUCAGUAAUAUCAAAAUGGGUCCAGGGAUCGCCUACUUCCCCGCUAUCAGUCUUUCAUUCAAAGAGUCUGUGGCCUUUAACUUCGGCAGCCGCCCACUCAGGUAUCCUGUGGAAGGCUAUCAUCCCCUUCAGGACCCUCCAACUGCUGACCUCUUCAAAGCCAAGAGGCUGCUGGGAUACAUGAAGAAUGUGAUGUCCACUGGCAUAGACACACAGGAGGAGAAGCUCAUCGAGAGGGACAUUGUAUCCUGGCAGCUUCAAGGAGAGCCCACUGUCCUGGUCACGCUCGCACAUAUCUUCAAUUACUUUGCUCCUCUCAUGUGUAAAGUGUACCUGGUAGAAGACGUCCUGAUGAGCUUCCUGCUGGGUAUUCUGGAGGGUGGCGGCUCUGUGGAUGAACAUCCGCUAAUCCAGCAGCUACUUGAGCUCUUCUGGCUGCUCAUGGAGGACUUUGAGGUUAACGAGUGCCUGAAGCAAUUGAUGAUGUCGUUGCUCAGGGCGUACCGUUUCUCACCCAUCAUCCCUGACCUCGGCUUCCAGAUUCACUAUCUGCGCUUGACAACUGCCAUUUUACGCCAUGAGAAGUCUAGAAAGUACCUCCUAAGCAAUGUAUUAUUCGACGUGCUGCGCUCCGUGGUGUUUUUCUACAUCAAGACUCCUCUAAGGGUGAAGGAGGCUGGUUUGGAGGAGCUCAUCCCCACCACAUGGUGGCCAACACACUUUGACAAAGAGGGUAAGGACGAAAAGGACCCGAGACAUGAGAGCGCGGAGGAGAGACUCAGACGGCGAGCAUACGAGCGAGGAUGUCAGAGACUCAAAAAGAGGAUUGAGGUGGUGGAGGAGCUGCAGGUUCAGAUCCUGAGGCUGAUGCUAAAUAACAAGGACAAAGGGACGGGCGAAGCUUCUCGAUACAUUUUCCUCAACAAAUUCCGCAAAUUCCUACAGGAGAACGCAAGCAACCGUGGGAACCCGACGGUGUUGUGCCCUCCGGAGUACAUGGUGUGCUUCAUGCAUCGGCUCAUAACAGCAGUCAGGGGCUACUGGGACGAAGGAAAACGCAAGAGGCCAGGAGCCAUUAGCAGUGAAGACGCCUACGUCCCCCCACAGCUUUUCUACAACGGGAAGGUGGACUACUUUGACCUGCAGCGGCUCGGAGGACUGCUCUCUCAUCUUAAGAAAACGCUGAGAGACGACCUGGCGGCUAAAGCCAACAUCAUUAUCGACCCUGCGGAGAUCCAGGCUGCGUCUAUGGACGAUCUGGAUGAGGAUGAUGAAAGUGGAGCUGCUCAGAGGCCGUCUGGUGCAGCAGCGAUGGGUGGAGCUUUGGCCAGGCCGAGCUGGCUGAGUUCUCCCACUCUGGGCAGAGCCAAUCGUUUCCUCAGUACGGCCGCUGUCAGUCUCAUGACCCCACGGCGACCUUUGGCCCCCCCAGAAAAGGUCAAAGUGCGCACUCUGCCUGUGGAGCAGAGGACAGAAGAGGACAUCGAGGGAAGCCAUGGUAACGAUGGGCUGUUGCUGGGGCGACCGUUGGAAGAGCCCGAGCAGCCAAUCACGGAGAAGUCCCUGCUGGAGAUCCUGGAUGGAAUUGUGAUGAUGUACAACCUGAGCGUUCACCAGCAGCUGGGCAAGAUGGUGGUCGUGUCGGAUGACGUGCAUGAGUACGCCGUCGCCCUGAAAGACACAGAAGAGAAGAUAGCCCGAUGUCCAGGAAGAAGAGCAGACAUUCUGGAGGAGCUGCAAAAGAGCCAGAAGGUGUUUGCUGAGAAGCUCAACCACCUGAGCCGCAGGUUGGCCUGGAUCAACGCCACCAUUUACUCCAAGGAGAAGAUGCUGGAUAUCUACUGGCUCUUGCGUGUGUGCAUCUGCACCAUCGAGCACGCCGACGACACGGGCUCGUUGUUUGCCUUCACCCCCGAGUUCUACCUCAACGUGGCCAUGAAUAGCUACAGUGCCCUUAAGAACUACUUCAGCCCUUCCAACAGCAUGGAGGAGCUCCAAGGUUAUGAGGACACGCUCACUCAGCUCGCUGCCAUCCUCGCUAAGCACUUUGCAGACCCGCGCAUCGUGGGCACAGAUAUUAAAGAUUCACUGAUGCAGGCUUUGGCCAGCUACGUGUGCUACCCACAUUCUCUCAGAGCUGUGGAGAGGAUCUCUGAGGAGCAGCGGGUGGCUAUGAUGAGGAACCUGUUGGCGCCAUAUGAACAGCGACCGUGGGCUCAGACUAACUGGAUUCUCGUCCGCUUGUGGAGGGGUUGUGGGUUUGGCUACAGGUACACACGGCUGCCUCACCUGCUCAAAACCAAGCCCGAGGAUGCCAACCUGCCCAGCCUGCAGAAACCCUGUCCAUCACUUCUGCUCCAAAAGCAUAUGGCAGAGCUCCUGAAUCAGGACAAAGAGAUGGCUGCUAGCUUCCUCAACAGCGUCCUCAACCAGCUCAACUGGGCCUUCUCAGAGUUCAUUGGCAUGAUCCAGGAGAUCCAGCAGGCAGCAGAGCGUCCAGAGCGUAACUUUGUGGACACAAGGCAGCUGAAAGUGUGUGCCACAUGCUUCGACCUGUCUGUCAGUCUACUGCGUGUGCUGGAAAUGACCGUCACCCUGGUACCCGAGAUCUUCUUGGACUGGAGCCGACCCUCAGCCGAGCUUCUGCUCCGUCGCUUGGCUCAGCUCCUAAACCAGGUGCUGAACCGAGUGACGGCUGAGAGAAACCUUUUCGACCGCGUAGUCAACCUUCGGCUUCCAGGGCUGGAGAGCGUGGAUCAUUACCCCAUACUGGUUGCAGUUACGGGUAUUCUGGUGCGAGUCCUGGUCGACUCCGAGAGACAGGGGAUUGCUCAGGCUGCCUCGGUGCUGCUGUCAGACCCGUGUUUCCAGCUUCACUCCAUCCAGCACCUGCUGGGACGGGGAGAAGCCAGUGCUGGAGCAGAUCCCAAACACUUCUCGCUACACUCUUAUACAGACUACAUCACUGCAGAAGAAGCGCAGAAAGUGGAAAAGAUGCUGGCUUUCCUGACCGAAGAGUCCAAGCAGGCUGCAGCCACAACAGCACCCACCAGUGAAGACGACCUGUGUCCCAUCUGCUAUGCACACUCCAUAUCGGCCAUCUUCAAGCCUUGCUCCCAUAAAUCCUGCAAAGCCUGCAUCAAUCAACAUUUGAUGAAUAAUAAGGACUGUUUCUUCUGCAAGGCCACAAUCACUGGAGUGGAAGAUUACAGCAAACCUGUUGGCUCUUAGCAUGCCCUUUAGAUGCUCAAACACACACAGAAACACAUACAUAUACACACAUACACGCAUGCACAUAUACACACACUGAAAUUCAGCAUCCCUUACCUCUCCAAAGACUGUUCAUCAACAUACUCUUAUGUACAUGCUGGACAACUAUACAGAACAGUAACACACUCAGCAUAUCAUUUAUUAACACUGGACUGUGACUUUAAGACACAGCACACUUGCCACGGCAUGGUUUCAGCUUGUGCCAGCUGGUCGAAGUCUGGCUCUAAAUCAUAAAGCAUGGCCGGCUGACAGAGGGGUGAAUGGCGAGAGACAUUUUAUAAUCUCCUUCAUCUUUCUUCCCUCUGGUUACCACUGGCAACUGCAUUGCAGCUGCGUCCAUAGGCCAUAGAUAUUGAUCAGGACCAAUGCAGGUGCUCGUCAGUGUCCCUCACGAGAUCACUCUCUGAUCUUGAUAACAUUUUUAUAUUCAAAAAAUUGACAGCCAUAUUUGAAGUGGCAUUCAUUUUCCGUGAUUCUAGAGAGAGGUGUCUACACGACUGAUCACUUGAUUAACCUGUUCAUAACAGCUUUAUUAACAUUUUUAUAAUGCGUUAAAGGAAUACUCGGAUGUUUUUUUUUUUUUAAUUAUAAUUUCUGUUCACUGUAUCGGGAGAAUAUGUGUGAUUAUAAUGGAAAGUAAUUUCUAAAAGUUUUCAGGUACUGAGAAAAAAACAGACUUGAACCUCACAUGUAAUAGAAAUCAAAGGGGCAGUUGUUGAAGUUCAUCAAUAAAUGGUUAAAAUAUGUAAGUAUAUUUAACACAAAUUCUAAACUAACCAAUAAAGCAAUUAAUAAAGAUCUUAGAAUGUGACAUAAAUGAGAGAAUUAAUCCUGUGAUAUUAAACCUGUGAUAUUUAACACUAUGUUUACUUUUUUACAGCUCAAUCACAGUUGGAAAUAAGACAUUUUCCAUCUCAUGUCCAAUCUGUUGUAGAUAUUUAGAGCACAUUACAAGCAAAAGAAAGAAUUCAGACAAAAUACAUAUUUUCCAUAAACGACAACUGCCCUUAGACUUCCAUUAUAAGUAAAUUUUAAGAAAUCUGGUGCUUCGUUGUUUUCUCAGUACGUGGAAAUGUGACGAAGUUAAGUUUCCUGGUAACUACACACACUAGAGAUAUUGUAGCUUGAGAUUUGGUUGAAAAACACCGGACUAUUCCUUUAAUCAUAUGUACUAUAUAGACAGAUUUGCAAUUUCAGGUUUCACUUAAGACAGAAUAUAUCAGUUGCACUCACUGGGUUUGUGAUAACACUUAAGAUAAUUCAGGUCAUUUGAACGUCUGAGCUACACAGUAUUAACGAACGUUUUCACGCUUAUAGUCUAUCCUUUUGCGGUGUAUGAUUACGUCCUACCCAGGAUGAACCCUUCUGUUGUCCGUUCUUUCACACCUGUUUAUCAUGAGCUAAAUGUCAGACGUUAUCCCGGUCUCCAGGCACUGCUCUUUCUCUUUGCCCUCUGAGCAGGUGUGGUAUUGAGAAUGAGAAUGACGUCCUCUGUGCCUGUUCUACUGUUCUAGGAGUGUAUUGAGAACUAAAGCUGUAAUAUCGUAAAUUCCUCUUUUUCCUAAUUGAUUCCUAUUUGAUUUAUGUUUUCAUGUAGAACUUGGUCACAUUGAACUGACAGCAGUUGCUAUUUAAGGUUUCCCAUGCACACACACUUGCGUACACAGAGGUAAAAUGUAUAUAAAGUUUGCCCUAAUUCUGAUACAACCCACUAACUAACUAUCCAUUGACUUUUCACACGUCCCUUUAAUGGAGAUUAGAGCAAUUCACUUUCAAGCAAAUACAUUUAUACUCGUCCUUUAUGCAGUUACAUAGAAAGGUGGUCAUCACUUUCCAGAUGCUCCUCACUGUAGAAUGACAAUUUCAGUGUGUGAAAUCAGAUCUCGUCCAUCUCCAUUGAUCUCUAUUUGGAACAACCAAGAAUUGGCUAAUUUAACACAUUUUUGGAGACUGAUCUAGCUAAUCAACUUGGCUAACAAUACCCCAGUUAACACGAACAGACAGACUCAUCCACAGAUCCACAUAAUGCCUGAUACCUUUUGUGCACUUAUCUGGCCACAAGCUUCAGAAUCUUUAAGGUUGCAAUCUGAUUGGCUCCCCAUACUUCUAUAUGCUGUAUACGUGCUUCCGUACACCAGUUUCUGACAGGAAACUUUCACAAACCUGUAAACAUUGGAAUGGCAGUACAUAUUCUUGGAUAAAGAUUAAGGUACUUGAUUGAAAAGAAAUGUUGCAGCAUCGCAUCUUUAAGACCUAUUUGUUUUGUUUGAAACAGAUAGUGGCAAGUGAACAUGGAAGGCCAGUUGCCUCAUCCCGUAAAAGUUGGCAGUUCUUAGCCAUGCUUAGCCACUAAAAGCAGCAGACUCUCCAGUGACAGGUAAACAUAUGUUACUCAAGCCUGCGAACAGGUAACUUGUUGAUUCAAGUUUCUAGCUAAAUUAACCAUAACUAUGUGACAAACCAAGUCCCCCAACUAGCCAACAUUUGAACUAAACAGUAUUCAUGGAUGAAUAGCCUCUCUAAUGUUAGACACUAGCAAGUUAUCUAGCAAUGCUAACUACCAAACAUGCUUGCUAGCAUUAAGGUAGCUAUUUUGUAGUCUGAAUAGAAAUUUCAGGAUUUCUAGUUAACAUUACCCUCUAAUAUGAGUGUGUUAUUAUUUAUUUUGAUUGUUGGAAGAAAUGGGGUUGGCAUUGAUAUUUACUAGAAACUGGACAGUUUAUUUCUCUGAUGCUUAAGUAAGUGAUAUGAAUAGAAUUAAGAGUCAGUAUUGUUGUUGACUGAUUGAGACAUAAACCCUCUAUGGAUUGGACUAGUUUUAUAUAGUGAGGUGGAGUAAUGUAAUUAUUACUGAAGUAUUAAUAGAUUUUAGCCCUGCCCAAUAUUCUAAUAUUUUGAGAUACUGGAUUUUUGAUUUCCAUGAGCUGUAAGCCGUAAUCAUCAAGAUUAAAACCCAAAAGGCUGGAUAUAUUUAAAUUUAUGUUUAGUGAAUCUCGAAUAUAUGGAAGUUUCCCUUUUUGAAUUAAAUUACAGGAAAAAAAAAUACUUUUCCACGAUAUUCAAAUUUUUUGAGAUGCACCCGUAUAUGGAAAAAGAGGGUUUGCGCUGUUUCUUCAGUAUACACUCCAGGAAGCAUUUGUAUUAUCAUUUCAAAAAUGAAACCAAGUAUUAGCCUACUUUUGAAUGCAAAACAAUAAAAUAUGGAUGACUUUUCUAAAGUGAUGCUUCUGGGUUUCAGGUAACUGAGUUCCUAGUACAGGUCUGGCCAACAUACAUAUUAAGGGCAUGUGACUAAUAAUCCAGCUUUCUCCAAACUUUGUAGCUUUUCUUGGAGUGUUAAAGUGCACUCACUGGACCUCUGCAGCAAUGACCAACUCACACUUUCUAGUAGACAGUGGAGGUAAGGGGACACAUGAUGCACUUGUUUUGGGACAUUGUGAUUGUUUGUUUCAACUCUCCAAAGAUUAAAUGUAGUUGUCGAAGUAUGGUACAAUUGAAUUGUCAUCUCAUCCUAACGUUGGUAGAUCAUGUGACUUGUUUUGUGGACAUGGAGUUCAGCAGACGUAAUUAUUGGCAACUUGCUUUCAUACAUAUUUUGACAACUGCGAUUCAUAUUUGGACUGUUGAAGUAUUUCUCACUAACCUGGGGGGGUGCAUGUUAUGAAUUUGGGAACCCCAUGUCUUAGCUCUUACUUAAAGUAUGUGGGCGUGUGAGCAUGGGCGGACAUGCGCGUUUGUGUUCUCAAAUAUAAUUUAAUUUUAAAAAGGGUUCCUGCUCUCAGGCUUCAGUUUCAGUCAGCCAAGGGGUUUUAGGUUGUACAAGCAAUAUUUAAUGGACUGUUGUUUUUAUUUUGCUUUUCGGAAAAAGUGGAGAGCAUGGACUUCGUCCACUUUUGUUUCUCCUGAGUGAGAGUACACAUAUAUAUUGAUUGUGUAACAGCAUUAAAUUAUUUAUCCAAACA